UUUCGUUUAUUUGACUCAUUUUAGUUAUAUGGAAACAUAAAUGCUUUUUGGUUUCUUAAUAUAUUCUUUUUACAAAAUAUUUCAAUUUAAAACUAUUUGUACUUUACCGUGAGACUUGAAUUACCAAAUGAGAUUAUAUUACAGUUAAUACUUUAUUGAUAUAUGGAGUUCUACAUUGGUUUAUUUUGGAAAUCACCAAAAUAUUUGUCUACUUUUAAAUCUAUUACGUCAAAAACAAAUUGGAUACCACUUUAUAUUUGAAAUACAAUAAAUUUAAUUUUAAAAUUAGAACAGUAUUUGUAUCUGUGAUAAUGCCUCAUCACUAUGGUCCAGAUAUUCCUAUGCAGAUUCGGCCUGAAAAAAAACUAACAAAAGAUGCUAUGGAAAGAUAUUUGCUUGAUCGCAAUGACUUAGUUCUAGUUAUCCUUCAUGCUAAAGUUGCUCAAAAAUCAUAUGGAAAUGAAAAACGUUUUUUCUGUCCACCUCCAUGUGUAUAUCUUUUUGGCAAUGGUUGGCGCUUGCGUCAACAACAGCUACUUAGAGAAGGGGUAACUGAAGCCAAUUCUCAAAUGACUUCAUUCAUUGGUAUUGGCAGUGCAGAUCAAGAUUUGCAAUCACUUGAUCUAAACAACAGUAAACAAUAUUGUGCAGCUAAAACAUUGUUUAUAUCUGAUUCUGACAAGAGGAAACACUUCAUGCUUAUGGUAAGAAUGUUCUACAAUAAUGGCUAUGACAUUGGAACUUUUCAUAGUAAGAGAAUCAAAGUGAUAUCAAAACCCUCAAAAAAAAAACAAUCAUUAAAAAAUGCUGAUUUAUGUAUCGCCAGUGGUACAAAAGUUGCAUUAUUCAAUAGACUCAGAUCACAAACUGUAAGUACUCGAUACUUACAUGUUGAAAAUGGAACCUUUCAUGCUAGUUCAACACAAUGGGGAGCUUUUAUCAUAUACUUAUUGGAUGAUGAUGAAAGCGAAAGUGACAUGUUUAAUGUUAGAGAUGGUUACAUUCAUUAUGGUAGUACAGUAAAAUUAGUGUGCAGUGUUUCUGGAAUGGCUUUACCUCGACUUGUUAUUAGAAAAGUUGACAAACAAACAGCAUUGUUAGAAGCUGAUGAUCCUGUGUCGCAGUUACAUAAAUGCGCUUUUUAUAUGAAAGAUACUAAUCAUAUGUAUCUAUGUUUAUCUCAAGAACGCAUUACCAACUUUAAUGCUACACCAUGUCCUAAAGGGCCUAAUAAAGAAAUGAUUAACGAUGGAGCUUGUUGGACCAUUAUUAGUACAGACAAAGCAGAAUAUCAAUUUUAUGAAGGAAUGGGACCAGUUAAUUCACCAAUUACUCCUGUGCCUGUAGUACAUGGGCUUAACACUAAUGGUGGUGGUGAUCUUGCUAUGUUAGAAUUGAGUGGUGAAAAUUUUACUCCACAUUUACAAGUUUGGUUUGGAAAUGUCGAGUCUGAAACUAUGUUUCGCUGUCAAGAGAGUAUGAUAGCUGUUGUACCUGACAUUUCUUCAUUUAGAAGAGAUUGGUCUUGGGUGAAACAGCUGACACAAGUACCAGUAUCAUUAGUAAGAAACGAUGGAAUAAUUUACGCCACAGGACUAACAUUUACAUAUACUCCUGAACCAGGUCCAAGAAAUCGAGUUACACCAGCUGAUGAGAUCAUGAGGACAUCAAGUUCAAAAAACAAUUUUUCAUUAUCGCAUAUUAUGAGUUAAUUAUUUGAAGGAUAUGUUUUAAAUAGUAUUAUUUAUUCAACAGCCAACAGGAUCUGUGACCUAUGACUGACAAUUGACUGAAUGAAUCUAUGUUUUGACAAUAAUAGUAAUAAUAGGGAGCCUAGUAAUAUAAUAAGACCAAUAUAUUUUUAUUUUAUCAAUGUUUAUUAAUACCUAAAUAUUUUAAUAUUGCUCAAAUUUUACUUUAUAUGUUAGUACUUAUCUGUAGCUUAGGUAAAUCAAAACCUGACCUCACUCAAGUGAAAAUAAAUUUGAAAUCAUUUUAUUUUUGUCAUUCUAAUGUUGUAAAUGUUGUUCUCAGUUAUCAUUAUUGUAAGUUUUGAACAAU